AUAAUCCCUGCGCAUCCGUAAACAAUUCUUUUUGCGAAAAUAGCAUCGGGUCCUAUUCCUGCGUCUGCACUUCCGGCUAUAAUGGCACAAAUUGUGAAGAUAUAAAUGAAUGCAUAAGUGGGCAGAACACUUGUUCCGUCGACGCCAAUUGCACCAAUACGAUCGGCUCCUAUACGUGUGCAUGCAAACUGGGCUAUGAAGGAAAUGGCAGGGACUGUAUGGAUAUCAACGAAUGUAUGAGGGGAACAAACAGUUGUAAUAGCAGUAUAUCGGAAUGUAUGAACAAUAAUGGGUCAUAUUACUGCACCUGUGCUCGUGGAUUCACUGGGAAUGGAACCUACUGCACAGAUAUAAAUGAAUGCACGGCCAAUCCAUACUUGUGCCAGGACACAGAAGAAUGUAUGAAUAUUUUUGGAAGCUACAAAUGCGAGUGCUUACCAGGCUACAAAAGGAAUGGAACAGUUUGUACAGAUAUUGAUGAGUGCAAGGAAAACCAACCGUGUGACGCGAACACGAUGGUGUGCAGCAACACGAUGGGAUCAUACACAUGUCCGUGCAAGACGGGAUACCAGUAUAAUAGCACACUUGGAAUCUGUACUGACACGGACGAGUGCGUCGUUUCAUCGUUAAACAACUGCUCGAGGACGACAGGGCUCUGCCUAAAUUUCGAUGGAAGUUUCAAGUGCCAGUGCAUCGCUGGCUACACAGGAGAUGGAGUCACGUGCACAGAUAUCGAUGAGUGUAAUCCACCGGAAAAUACAACGCAGCCCUGCAAAGGCCCUGUCGGAGUGAGAUGUAACAACACCAUUGGCCACUACACAUGCAGCUGUCCCCUUGGAUACUACUUGGACAGUGAUGGAACCACAUGCAAAGAUGUUGAUGAAUGCAUCAGAGGACUCCACAACUGCACCCAGAACUGCACGAACAUCGAAGGAGGCUUUACCUGCAGCUGCUUUGCCCGUUUCAGCUCUGUGAAUGGGACUUGUAAACAAAACCAAACUUGUGUGACGGAUGUUUGCAAUGGAACUGGAGACUGUUACAUUGAUGAUACAACUCUCCCAGGAUGUUCCUGCAAUUCUGGGUACACCCUCAAUGGCACGAGCAAAACGCAAUGCAUCAAUAUUGAUGAGUGCAGCUUGUCCGUGGCUGAUGGACAGACACCUUGCGACUCCAUAUACGGGACAUGCACUGACACAAUCGGCAGCUUCAAGUGUGGAUGUGUGGCUGGGUACGUGGUCGUUAGCGACAGCCGGACCUGCCAAGACGUGGACGAGUGUCAGAGCGGAAUCUACAACUGCACUCAAAAUUCCACGUGUCAUAACUUAGAUGGAAAUUAUACCUGCAUCUGCAACAGUGGAUAUGUCCAAUCUGGAGAGACGUGCGUAGAUGUUGAUGAGUGUCAAAAAGCAGGCAGUGCUCUCUGUGGUCAUGGAGCCUACUGUGAUAACACAAUGGGUUCAUACGCAUGCAGGUGUCUUGCGGGAUACGUAGGCAAUGGCACUGUCUGCCUAGAUGUGGAUGAGUGUCUGCUCCCCAGCAACAACUGUAGUGCCAAUUCAACCUGCGAGAACACGCCAGGCUCUUACCAAUGCAAGUGUGAUGCUGGUUUCCAAAAAACUGGAGAGAUGUGCACAGAUGUCGAUGAGUGUCUGAAAUUUGGCAGUGCGGCCUGUGGGCCAGGAGCCUACUGUGUCAACACGGUGGGUUCAUACAAUUGCCCGUGUCUUGCGGGAUACAUAGGCAAUGGCACUCACUGCCUGGAUGUGGAUGAGUGUCUGCUCCCCAACAACAACUGCAGUGCCAAUUCAACCUGCGAGAACACGGCAGGCUCCUUCCAAUGCAAUUGUGAUACUGGUUUCCAAAGUAAGUUGAAGCGUCCGGAUUUCCUCUGCGUGAUUUUCAUGGUUUUGGUAUGCGUCAAUGUAAUCUAGGCUCAUCCUACAAUAACAUGGCUGGAAGGGCGGCACAGUCAAGACACUUGCACGCCACAGCAAGAAAGGCCUUGGUGUGAUUCCCAACUCGUACGCCUUUCUGUGUGUCUCUUCAUCUUCUUCAUGGGGCUUCCUCCAGGCUCAGCGGUUUUCUUCCACGGCAAAAACAAACACACAAAUACAUAACUGGUA